AUGUCACCGGAUUCGCCUCACAAGCUUUCUGUGGCCCUUGAUGAAGCCAAAGCCCUCUAUAUAAACCGAAAUGCCAAAUCCCAGGCAAUCCAUGAACAAGCCACCAAAUCAUUCCCUGGUGGCAAUACAAGGACGGUGCUUCAUACGGACCCCUUCCCCAUCUGCAUGAAGUCCGGUCAAGGCUAUCAACUUACUUCUGAGGAUGGGAAUAUCUACACAGACUUUACAUGCGAAUUCACGGCAGCGCUCUAUGGCCACUCCAAUCCCGUGAUUCUCGAUGCCGUGAGCAAUGUCCUUCAGAACGUGGGCAUGAAUGUUGGCGCAACGACGUCUCAGGAGCAAUUGUUUGCCCAGGAACUCUGCCAGCGCUUUGGACUGGAACGAGUGCGCUUCACCAACUCCGGCACUGAGGCCAAUCUGCAUGCUUUGGCCGCUGCGAGAGUCUUUACCAAUAAACGAAAGGUGGUUGUGUUCAAUAGAGGCUACCAUGGAGGAGUGCUGGGCUUCAAAGAUGGGAAACCAGCGCCUAACAAUGUUGAUCCCAAUGAUUGGAUCGUCGUCAAGUAUAAUGAUGUGGAUGCUGCCAUCAAGGCAAUCCAGAGCGAGGGAGUGGCCGCCGUCUUGGUGGAAGGCAUGCAAGGAAAUGGAGGGUGUAUUCUUGGAACUCCAGCAUUCCUGACUGGCAUCCAAGACGCUGCCGCCAAGGCCGGCGUGGUGUUCAUCCUUGACGAGGUCAUGACUUCUAGAAUCUCAGCUUCUGGUUUUGCAGGCCUGCGAGGAAUCAAACCCGAUCUCAAGACAUUUGGCAAAUAUCUAGGCGGCGGCCUCGCUUUUGGCGCCCUUGGUGGGAGAGCUGACAUCAUGGCUGCCUUCGAUCCAAGACUAUCCACCUCGAUUUCGCACUCUGGCACCUUCAAUAACAACACUCUUGUGACACAUGCCGGCUACGCAGGCCUCAAUAAGAUUUACACUCCUGAUGUAGCGGACAAGUUUACCGAAAUGGGCUCAUUGUUUCUAUCCAGGCUUCAGGAAGCAGUCAAAGGAACAAGAAUAAGUUUCACAGGAAUUGGUUCUGUCAUGUGCUCUCAUUUCGUCGAAGGAGAUGUAGAGGUGAAGGAUAUUGCAAGUGGAGACGAUGUGCGGGAAAAUGAUGCUCUCAAGGAUUUGUUUUGGUUUGAGAUGCUGGAACAGCGCUUCUGGGUCACGCGGAGAGGCUUCAUUGCGCUGGUCCUGGAGACGCCGCAGUCGGAACUGGACAGAUUUGUGGACGCGGUGAAGGCCUUUGUGUCAAAGUAUAACGACUUGUUGGCGAUUUGA